AUGUACCCCGUUGGUCAACCUCCAGCGGGGGAGACGAGUGGUGGGGCAGUAGGUGUUGCAGGAGCCGUGGGUGCACCUGCUGGCACGCCUGGAGCAGCGCCCGUAGCUCCGAGCGCUGCACCAGUUGGAGCACCGGCCCCAGGCGUGGCAGGUGGUGCAGCAGGUCUGCCACUAGUAUCUCCAGCAGCAGCGGCGCCUCCAGAUCUGCCAGUGCUAACAUGUCCUCGACGACCAAACCUUGGCCACGAGGGCAGGCCAAUAAUGCUGAGAGCAAACCAUUUUCAAAUAUCAAUGCCAAGAGGGUUUGUUCAUCACUAUGAUGUGAAUAUUCAACCUGAUAAAUGCCCUAGGAAGGUGAAUAGAGAAAUAGUUGAGACAAUGGUGCACUGUUAUAAUAAAAUAUUUGGAGCCCUCAAACCAGUGUUUGAUGGAAGAAAUAAUUUGUACACAAGAGACCCUCUUCCCAUAGGAAAUGAUAGAAUGGAAUUAGAAGUAAUUUUACCUGGUGAAGGAAAAGACAGAGUGUUCCGUGUUACUAUUAAAUGGGUAGCUCAGGUUUCAUUGUUUGCACUGGAAGAGGCAUUGGAAGGUCGCACAAGACAAAUCCCUUAUGAUGCAAUCUUAGCUCUGGAUGUAGUGAUGAGACAUUUACCAUCAAUGAUGUAUACCCCUGUUGGACGCUCAUUUUUCUCUUCACCAGAGGGAUAUUAUCAUCCCCUUGGUGGUGGACGAGAAGUUUGGUUUGGUUUUCAUCAAUCGGUGAGACCAAGCCAAUGGAAAAUGAUGCUUAAUAUUGAUGUGUCAGCAACUGCUUUUUAUAAAGCUCAGCCCGUUAUAGAGUUCAUGUGUGAAGUUCUUGAUAUACGAGAUAUUAAUGACCAAAGAAAACCAUUAACAGACUCACAGAGAGUUAAGUUUACUAAAGAAAUUAAAGGUUUGAAAAUAGAAAUCACGCAUUGUGGUACUAUGAAGCGUAAAUACAGAGUGUGCAAUGUGACACGUAGGCCUGCUCAAAUGCAGUCUUUUCCUCUUCAACUAGAAAAUGGACAAACAGUAGAAUGCACAGUAGCUAAAUAUUUUUUGGACAAAUAUAAGAUGAAGCUUAGAUACCCUCAUCUGCCAUGUUUACAAGUAGGCCAGGAACACAAACACACAUACCUACCUCUUGAAGUUUGUAAUAUUGUUCCGGGACAGAGAUGUAUAAAAAAAUUAACAGAUAUGCAAACAUCAACCAUGAUCAAAGCAACAGCACGUUCCGCUCCAGACAGGGAGAGGGAAAUCAAUAAUUUGGUCCGUCGAGCAAACUUCAAUACUGAUUCGUAUGUAAAAGAAUUUGGGCUAACCAUAUCCAAUAACAUGAUGGAGGUUCGCGGCCGAGUGCUACCUCCGCCGAAGCUGCAAUAUGGUGGUCGUGUGUCCUCACUGGGUGGACAGCAAGCAUUACCGAAUCAGGGAGUUUGGGACAUGCGAGGAAAACAGUUUUUUAUGGGAGUCGAGAUAAGAGUAUGGGCGAUAGCAUGUUUCGCGCCACAAAGAACAGUACGAGAGGAUGCUCUCAAGAAUUUUACUCAACAACUUCAAAAGAUAUCCAACGACGCUGGCAUGCCAAUAAUAGGGCAACCCUGUUUCUGCAAGUACGCUACAGGGCCAGACCAAGUGGAGCCUAUGUUUAAAUACUUAAAGUCUACAUUUGUGCAGCUACAGCUCGUUGUCGUCGUGUUACCAGGAAAAACACCUGUCUAUGCCGAAGUAAAAAGAGUUGGUGACACAGUAUUGGGAAUGGCAACUCAAUGUGUACAAGCGAAGAACGUAAACAAAACUUCACCGCAGACCCUCAGUAAUUUAUGUUUAAAAAUUAAUGUUAAACUGGGAGGCAUUAAUUCUAUUCUCGUUCCAUCUCUUCGUCCGAAGGUGUUCAACGAGCCCGUGAUCUUCCUGGGCGUGGACGUGACGCACCCGCCCGCCGGUGACAACAAGAAGCCUUCCAUCGCGGCCGUCGUCGGCUCCAUGGACGCGCAUCCGUCGCGGUACGCCGCCACCGUCAGGGUACAGCAGCACCGGCAAGAGAUAGUUCACGAAAUGAGCAGCAUGGUCCAGGAGCUGCUCAUCAUGUUUUACAAGAGCACCGGCGGAUUCAAACCCCACCGGAUCAUCAUGUAUCGCGACGGCAUCUCCGAAGGCCAGUUCCUGCACGUCUUACAGCAUGAGCUGACUGCUGUGAGGGAGGCUUGUAUCAAGCUGGAAGCGGAGUACAAGCCGGGCAUCACUUUCAUCGUGGUACAGAAGCGACAUCACACGCGGCUGUUCUGCGCCGACAAGAAGGAGCAGUCCGGCAAGUCCGGGAACAUCCCGGCCGGGACCACGGUCGACCUCGGCAUCACGCAUCCCACCGAAUUCGAUUUCUACCUGUGCAGUCACCAGGGCAUCCAGGGUACGUCGCGGCCGUCGCACUACCACGUGCUGUGGGACGACAACCACUUCGGUUCGGACGAGCUGCAGUGCCUCACGUACCAGCUGUGCCACACGUACGUGCGCUGCACGCGCUCCGUGUCCAUCCCGGCGCCGGCCUACUACGCGCACCUGGUCGCCUUCCGCGCGCGCUACCACCUCGUCGAGAAGGAGCACGACUCGGGCGAGGGCAGCCACCAGUCCGCCUGCAGCGAGGACCGCACGCCCGGCGCCAUGGCGCGCGCCAUCACCGUGCACGCCGUCACCAAGAAGGUCAUGUACUUCGCCUAA